CCGCCUCUCUGCUCGGCCUUCUGUCCCACCUCAAACUGGCUCGGCCCGGCGCUCUGUUCUAGGUUCCCGGGGUUCGUACUGCCGUGUCUGGGCGUUCACCCCGUGCAGGAGGUUUCUCCAGAAGAGCAACGCAGUGUUACUUUAAAGGAUCUGGAUGCAGCAUUGCCACUUAUAGAACUCUACAAAGAUAAGUUGGUGGCAAUUGGAGAAGUUGGAUUAGAUUUCACUCCCAGAUUCGCCAGCACAGAUGAACAGAAGGAAGGACAAAGACAGGUUCUGAUCAAGCAGGUUGAGUUAGCAAGAAAACUGGAUUUGCCUUUAAAUGUUCACUCCCGCUCAGCUGGAAGACCAACCAUUAAUCUCUUAAAGGAGCAAGGUGCUUCAAAGGUGUUGCUUCACGCAUUUGAUGGGAAGCCAUCUGUAGCCAUGGAAGGGGUGAAAGCUGGAUACUUCUUCUCCAUUCCUCCUUCCAUUAUAAGGAGUGAUCAGAAGCAGAAACUUGUGAAAGUGUUACCUCUGGAAAAUAUAUGCUUGGAAACCGACUCUCCUGCUUUGGGGCCUGAAAAACAGGUGAGAAAUGAACCAAAAAAUGUUUACAUUGCUGCAGAAUAUAUUGCUAAAAUUAAAGGAAUUCCAGUUGAAGAAGUUAUAGAAGUGACGACACAGAAUGCACUGAAAGUAUUCCCCAAACUUCGGAACUUUCUUCAGUGUGUGCAGGAUGCAGACUUAGGCACAACUUUGGAACUGAUCACCGAGAUGUCUUGUAACUAUGCCUCUGCUGACAGACUGGUGCCUGCAUCUCUGCCUGAACAUGUGGCUCUGUGCUCAGGAAGCUCUUCAGUGCUGGGCUGGUGGUGCUGCUUGGUUUUGGUCUGGUACCAAUGUAAUCACAAUGUGCAAAACCUUUACUACUUUUCUGGAAUGGGACCUACUUGGCUGUUAUCUUUACUUUUCUUCCAGCCAUUACAAGGCACGAUCAGGCUAUCUGUCCUUGCAGAGUUCCUGGAAGCUGUUUCAGCACACUAUAAUUAGAUUGCAUUAGGCUUGGCCUUUUGCUUUAUCUUCCCGCUAUCGUUCUCCAAUAUCUGAAUCAAUGCAGAAGGAGAAGUGAUUGAUGGGGAGGCUGUGGGUGAGCAAGGGUGACUUACAUGCCAUGGAAAGUAUCAGUGAUGUCAGUGCUUGCUGCAGACCUGUUUCCCUUUGGAGUUAAAAUGAGAUGCUGGGAUUUGAUCAAGGCCUCAUGUAGCAGCUUGGAGCUGAGCCUUCCACAGGCUGUUUUUAAGUGCUUUGAAAUGAGAGGCUGAACUUCUUCACUUCGCUGCUACUCACUGAAAUACUGCUGCUUCUAGCACCCAUACAUUUACCCUGGGAAAAACUGCACUACCAUGAGAGUUACUGACUGUGCAGUGAGGAAGAAAAGGAGGUGACAGUGAGCAGGCAUCUGGGGAUGUUGCUGAGCAUAGUGUACCCAAGCCACCAGCCCAGCUGGGGCUGACCAGGGUGUUCUUUCACCAGUGUGUUCAAGUAACCUAUGGUCUUUCAUGAGCUCUGUGAGUCUGCUUGCUGACAUCCAACACAGCUUUUGUCCUGUGCAUAGCUCCAAGGGGCCCAAGUUCUUACUGCCUGUGAAGAGAAGUAAGCAAUCAAAAGUUAUUCUCAGGACCGAAGUUAUUUCCUCUUCAUUCCUCUCCUAGAGUUUCUAAAAGCUGCCAGCCAUUUGUACCGUCUGAGGUCUUAAGGAACAUAAAUGCUCUGUUUAGCCUGUAUUUGCAGUUCACUGGAUUAUCUCCAGAAGCUUAAACAGUCUGAAUGCCACUCUGGCAGAUCUGGUUCCUGUUUUGAAUGUUGCUAUAUUGAUUUCUGUAGUGAGAUUGACCUUGUCAUGUGCUAUUCUGCCUUGUUUUGUUUUCUUAGUAGCACCAGAAAUUAAUUAAACAGAUUCCAUGUAGGAGAAUGGAUCCAAACAGUGAGUGCUUCCCUUGGUCCAAACAAAUAGGUUCAGUCAGGUAGAUCAGUCCCCUUACUUAGGCUCGUUUAAAACUCUCUUCCUGUGUUCUCUCUAAACCUAAUGCACUGAAAAGCCUUAGUGUAAUGUAACACAAUGUUUUCUUUUUUACUGGCCUGGUCUUGUUAUUUCGUAUGAGAAGAGUCACAAGGAUUUGGAAAGAUAAAUAAUUUUUAAAUCAGCAUGUCAGCUUUCAGGCUGAGAUUAUGUGAUAGCUGCUUCAGUAAAGCAUGCCAGCGAAUGCGUUCAUCGACACCUUGGAGAACACCAAAUGAUCUCCCCCACAGUAAAAGGGAGGAGAACUUUCCCUGAGAUGUUCUGGCUUUGCGGCUAAUCUGAAACAGUCUGAAUCUUGCUGGGUGUACUAUAAAGAGAGCUGUCUGAAGGGGUCUUUGAAGAAUGCUUGCAGUGCUUUCCCAACAAAGGAGCAGAAAAAGUCCCUUUUGGUGUCUGGAUGGCUGAGUUCCUGUUCAAGUGAUGUAGGCUGCAGGAAUGUUAUUGCAUUUUCCAUAAUGUGCUAUCACAGCCAGGGGCCUGGGCAGGCAUUGUUUCUUUUUAAUUCAAGUCUACACAAAAAAAAUCCCUCUGAUUUUUAGUUAUGCUGAGGUCAGCCAACAUCUUCCCUAUGGAAUAGAUGUAGGCCGUUAAGAAACAUGGCUCUCUUCCUGCUGAUAACUUCUUCAGAGAGAAAUUGGGAACUUCAAGCUGUUAGUAAAUAUUUGGGUUUCCUCUGUAGUAAGAGUAACAACAUUUCUCAAGAUCGGGUGAGCAAUCUGUCUUUAUAAUACAAGUACAUUUCCAUACUUGGCUCUUAGUAGAUCCAAAUCCACAUUUCUCUUCCAUCUAGUUUUUAAAGAGUGUGCAUGUGGUUGCGAUGAAGCAGGUAGUAAAAGAGAGUCGUGAAACUGAAGUCCCGUUGUGGUGUUUUUUCACAAGUGUACUACAAUAAAUUGCUGCAGCUCUCAAGUUAUCUGAGACCUCCUAGAAGUGAAGGUGAUGUUUAUCCUUAUUCCUUUGAAUGAUGCUUUCAUUGGCCAGUUGUUCAACAUCCUACCAAAGCUGUCAGACACGUGGCAAUUUUUUCUUAAUGUUAACGUGGCUUUUCUAAUCACUUCUGUCCCACAGUCCUUUGCUAACUGAGGCUGAUGUCAUUUGAUCUCUCUCACAAGAGAACUUGAGAUUGAGACUGUCUGCCAUUGUGUGUUGCUGCAGAGAACAGAGUAUUAGGGGAAGAGUUAGUGCAGUAACAACAAAAAAUGCUUUGAGGCUCUUCUCAAAAUUUAACCACUGUUUGGAUGAAUGAGUACUUGUUGAAAAUGAGAAUGUUCCUUAAAGGCAACCCUCUGCAUCUCGUGAUUUUUAUUAAUUGUUGUGAACGUGGGCACUUUGUUGUUGUUUACUGUUUAUAAAGGAUUCAGAUGGAGGGUACACUUUUUGUGAUAGGUGAAGAAGCUCUUAUCCAUGCUGAAUAAGAACCCAACACAUUUUACCUACUGGAUUUGUUCACUUUUUAUCUAUGUGUCUGUCUGUCUGUCUGUCUAUCUAUCUGUCUGUCUGUCUAUCUAUCUAUCUAUCUAUCUAUUUUAAACACAAAUUCUGUGUAUGUAAUAUUUUUUCCCCACUUGCUUUGCUUGGAAACUCAGGAGAAAAAUUCUGUUAUAUAUAACAGACUGACAGCUGACUACAAAAGGAAAACCAGAUGGCAGCACAGCAGAAGCACCAGAUGUACCUUUCUCCAUCUUUUGUGUGGAUGGAGAUAUCUCAGAAUGUUAAUUUCUAAUAUUAUUUACAGAAGAGUACCCUGCUCACUUACCACUCCCCAUGUUUCAAAAUUGAGAACUUUCCUCUGAUGCUUAAGUAAGAGUAUAUUUCUGUGUGCCUGCCAGUAUAAAAAAUUUGUGUACAGGACACAGACAAACAUUCCUGCUAUGGGCAAUUAUGCUCCAAAAUUAAGUUGCCCAAACGAGCACCUGGAGUUAAUCUACGAGCAAACUUCAGUUAAGUGCUUU